CCUAUGAUUGCGACGCGUCAAACGUUCGGUUGCUUAUAACCUACAGUUAAUUUGAAAAUGAUUUAAAAAAACAAUCGCUGUAAGAUUACAAUAGUACUUGAUUGAAGAUCUGAUUUGUGUGUACGUUUUUUUGUGACUUAGUGCGCAUUAUAAUAUUGUUAUAUCGACGUCUUUCUGUUGUAUUUUGCUAGGUAAUCUCGAAAAACUAUUCAGUUUUAUUCAAAAUGAUCACAUCACAAGAUAAAAGAAACAUCUCUAGUGAUGCUGUGGAAGUCAAUGAGCAGGAUGUAGAAUGUGAUGCAGAUGAGAAUGGUGGCCUAAGGAUCGAUGAGGAGAUAUAUAUUCCACCACCAGCAAAAGUUUUUUGUGAAGUUGACACAACUGGACCAAGACUCAUCAUUACCCAAAUUGUCAAUGAGAAUUUUAAAAGUUAUGCUGGCACACACGUGAUUGGUCCAUUUCACAAGAGUUUCUCUGCAGUAGUAGGACCUAAUGGUAGUGGCAAGAGUAAUGUGAUAGAUUCUAUGCUGUUUGUGUUUGGCUAUCGCGCCAGUAAGAUCAGAUCAAAAAAGAUUUCCGUUUUAAUACAUAAUUCCAGCAAUUUCCCAAAUCUCAAUAGCUGUACUGUCUCUGUACAUUUUCAGAUAAUUAUUGAUAAGCCCGGAGAAGAGUAUGAAGUUGUGCCAAAUAGCAAGUUUGUUAUAUCUAGAACAGCAUUUAAAGACAGCUCGUCAUAUUAUGAGCUUAAUAAGAAAAAAGUACAAUUUAAUGUGAUUGCUAAGUUUUUAAGAUCUCACGGAGUCGACUUGGACCACAAUCGUUUCUUAAUAUUACAGGGCGAAGUGGAACAGAUUGCAAUGAUGAAGCCUAAGGGACAGAAUGAGAACGAUACUGGUAUGUUGGAAUUUUUGGAGAACAUAAUUGGCACAUCUCGAUAUCAAGAACCUUUAGAGAAGCUAGCAGAUAAGGUUGAAAUAUUAACGGAGCGUAGAGUGGAAAAAUUACAUCGUCUCAGAAUUGUACAGAAGGAGAAGGCGACUUUGGAGGAACCUAUGCAAGAAGCGGUACAGUAUUUAAAGAUGGAGAACACGAUAAUUAGAUUACAACACCAGCUUUAUCACUGCAAAAGAUCUGAAGCGGAAAAAGAGCUCAACGAACAUGUUGGAAAAAAUGAUAGUCUGAACAAGGAAUUGGCCGAGCUGAUAGACGAGAUGAAAAGUAUUGGUGAGCAGAAGGAGGAGAAACUCAAAGUUAUCAAGGAGAAGAGUAAGAAAUGGGAAGUCCUGCAACAGCAGAAAGAUGAAGCCACAACAAAGUUUGAUCAAGUGCGCAAGAAGGACGAGUCGUUGCACGCCGAACUUGUUGAGACGAAUAAGCGAAGGAAAGCUAACAUAGCGUCUACCAAGAUGGAAAAAAACAAGCUGGAGGAACUUGUUAAAGUGCCAGAGAAAAAUGCGAAAGACAUUGAGGAAUGCAAACACUUGAUCGAGACACACGUAUCUAACAGGGAAAAAGAAGAGGCGUCGUUAGCAACUUUAAUGGCAGGACUGCGGAAAAAGACGGAGCCGCUGCUGAAUGAGCGAUCCGAGUUGGAAAAGAAGUUGAUAUCUCUGAGGAAAAAUGUGGAUCAAGCGAAAGCGGCAUAUGAUAUACAACAAUCCGAACUGGAGCUCUACACAUCAGUAGAGAGAAACGAAAAGGAAAAAUUGAAAAGUCUUCAGGAGUCAGUGGAGAGUACUGCGAAUACUCUCAAGGAACGGCAGAAACAGCUUGUGUUAUUCGAAACAAAGAUUCCGAUAAGCGAACGCAGCUUGAAACAGGCACAGAACGAGUUGGACGAGGUGAAGGCUCGCGAAGCCGAGAAGACUGCUGAACUGAAAAAGAUGCGAAUAACCUUCGAGGAGCAGCGUUCUGCCAUGCAAGCCAGUAAAUCGAGGAAUCGUAUUCUGGACUCGUUGAUGAGGGAGAAACGCGAGGGACGGAUACCUGGAAUCUUCGGAAGAUUGGGCGAUUUAGGUGCCAUUGACGCAAAGUAUGACAUCGCGGUGUCGACAGCAUGCGGCCCGCUCGAUAAUAUCGUCGUAGAUACCGUGGCUACAGCGCAGGCAUGCAUCACGCACUUACGGCAGCACGACAUAGGCCGCGCCACGUUUAUAGCGUUGGAGAAACAACAACAAUUUCUGACCAGGUGCGGCCGUAAGAUCCAAACGCCGGAAAAUGUACAUCGAUUAUUCGAUCUGAUUAAGGUAGAGGAUGAUCGUGUGCUGCCGGCAUUUUACUACGGCCUGCAGGACACUUUGCUGGCGCAGGACCUGGAUCAGGCAACACGCAUCGCGUACGGUGCCACGCGUUAUCGCGUGGUGACAUUGAAGGGCGAAUUGAUCGAGUUGUCGGGCACCAUGAGCGGCGGUGGACGCACGGCGCUUCGCGGUCGGAUAGGCCAGAAGAUUGUGAGGAACGAGCCGUCGAGCGCUGAUAUCGAGAAGCUUCAAUCACAAUUAGAUGCUGUGUUUGAUGAGUGCAAUAGUCUGAAGGCGAAGCAACCGUUGCUCGAGCAGCAGAUACACGUGUUGACAACUGCUUUAAGAGACAUGAGGAUCGACAGAAAGAAAUUCGGCAUCGAAGUGCAGACACUGAGAGAGCAAGAGCCGUUGUUGCGAGAGCAGCUUAAAGUACAGGAGAAAAAGGUCGCUGAGUCGGUGUCAGAUUCGGCAAAGGUCGCGAAACUGCAGAAAGCAGUGGACGGGGCGAAAUCACAUUUGGAUCAGGUCGAGGAGAGUUCCGCUUUGGUGGAGAAAGAAGUGGAACGGAUCAAUAAGAAGAUAGAUGAUAUUUCCGGCAAUCGGGUACGCGAUCAGCAGGCGAAGAUCGCGCAGCUCACGAAAUCGGUGGAUAAGGCCAAGGCGGAGAUAUGUCGGCUGCAAGUGGCCAUCAAGACUGCUGAGAGAAAUGCCAAGAAAACGGAGAAACAAAUAGAGACAUUAGAGAGUGAUGUGAAAGUUUGUGAGCAGAAUCUGAGAGACAUUCAGAAGGAGAAAUCCGAGCUCGAAGAACGCGCUAAGACGAUUUUGGACAAGUUGGAGAAGAUCAAUGAAGCACUGGCGGAGCGAGACGACAAUGUGUCAUCUAUGAAGAAUGAAUUGAACGCUCUGCAAGCGCGUGAGGAUAAGAUGAAGGCGGUAAAGAUCGAUCUGAAUCAGAAACUUCAUGAAAGUAAGAAAGUGUUGAAGGAGCUGCAACAAAUAAUUCCCGAAUACAACCGCAAGAUAGUGGAUUUAAAAUUACGAGUGAUUCCACAUGAGACUCAGGAGCCGCUCAAAGACUUAACGGAGGAAGAGAUUGAUCAAUUGGACGCUAUGAUGGUGAUGCAGAAUCUGCAGAAGACUAAGAAGAGACUGCCCGAACAGAUACCUAAUAUGCAGAUCAUCGAGGAUUAUCAAGAGAAGGAUGCGCUAUACAUACGUCACGCUGCUGAUCUGGAAGAGAUGACACUAACGCGUAACAAGAUGCGCGAUCUCUACGAAACCGCCCGGCGACGCAGAGUGCAGGAAUUUUUACACGGCUUCAAUCUGAUCACCACAAAGCUGAAGGAGAUGUAUCGGAUGAUCACAUUAGGUGGCGACGCGGAGUUGGAGCUGGUAGACUCGUUGGACCCAUUUAGCGAGGGUAUCGUGUUCAGCGUACGUCCACCCAAGAAGUCGUGGAAGAGCAUCGGUAAUCUCAGCGGUGGCGAAAAGACUCUGAGUUCAUUGGCGCUGAUCUUCGCUCUUCAUCACUACAAACCUACGCCGCUGUACUUCAUGGACGAAAUCGACGCGGCUCUAGACUUCAAGAAUGUUUCGAUUAUUGGCAACUACAUCAAAGAGCGCACGAAGAACGCUCAGUUCAUCGUCAUCUCAUUGCGCACAAACAUGUUUGAAUUGGCUGAUUGUCUGGUGGGCGUUUACAAGACGUUCAAUUGUUCCAAGAGCGUGACCCUUUAUCUGAGGCGCUUUUACGAGAACAACGAUAUCACGCCAUCCACGCAACUCACUUCAAGGAUGUACGCGACUCAGGCCUCACAAGCAGUCUCGACACAGCGCGUCGAGGCGAGUCCGCGCGAUAAAAAUACCACGUCUACAACGAAUGACAAAAACGCGAGCAACACGCAGUCAAAUGAAGAAAAGAGACCGUCCGCGGAGAAUAAUAUUGCAAAUCAAAGGCAAUUAAACGACGAACAACUGGAGGUUGAUGAAUGCGGUCUUCCGGAUUUGGCAGUAUGCGCGACGCCACAGAAAAUUUCACCUCAACAUUCCAGUAGGAUAGCAAGGAAGAGCAUGGAGAAGGAGGACAAGGGACUGAACAGAAAGCGCAAGUUAACAGAAGAACAAUCGACAAAUAACAAUUAAUUUAAUUUUAAAACUUAAAAAUAUGAAAUGUUGAGAUAGUUUAGUUGUAAUUUAAUAUAAAA